UCAACCCAUAUCACUGACAGACAAAAGAUGAGCAAAGAACAAAGUGGAGUUGUAAAGGCAUGGGAGGCCACUGUACGCAAGACUCAGGCCGCCAAGAAACGAGCGAACAGCAUCUUUGGCACCAUCUCUGUAGCCCAUGCAGACGAUGAAAAUGAAGAUGAUCAUGAUCGUAGCAGUAGAGGUGCCUUACAGGAACCUUACAUUGCAGAAAAAGUCUUGCUUAAUGGAGAUUACUAUACAGGCCAAUGGUUCGAUAAUUUACCUUGUGGGCAAGGUAAAUAUCUAUGGACAGAUGGAUGCAUGUACAUAGGGGAAUGGAAUAAAGGCAAAAAAAUGGGAAGAGGAAGGUUUAGUUGGCCUUCAGGAGCUUGUUAUGAAGGAGAGUUCAAAAGUGGGUAUAUGGAUGGAAAUGGUGUAUAUACAGGGCCUAGUGGUGAUACCUAUAAAGGACAAUGGGUUAUGAACUUGAAGCAUGGCUAUGGAGUAAAGAGUUUUGCCAAUGGAGAUUUAUAUGAUGGCGAAUGGCGCCGAGGAUUGCAGGAAGGACAUGGAAAAUAUCAGUGGACGAAUGGUAACCAUUAUGUUGGUGACUGGAAGAAUGGAAUGAUUUGUGGUAAAGGGACUUUUGUGUGGAAUAAUGGGAAUAGAUAUGAUGGGAAUUGGGAAGAUGGUGUGCCUAAAGGGAAUGGAACAUUUAAAUGGCCUGAUGGGACCUUUUAUGUAGGGAAUUGGAGCAAGGAUCCUAGUGAACAAAAUGGGACUUAUUAUCCAGCAGGUUCAUCCACAGAGCAGAAUCUUGAAUGGGAUCCUCAAGAUGUGUAUAAGAUUCAUUUAUCUGAUUCCCAAAUUUGUCCUGGUGAAAAGGUUUCAAUCUUGCCUUCACAGAAGAGGCUUGCAGUAUGGAAUUCGUCGAAAUGUGGUGGUGAGAAGCCUAGGAGGAUGUCUGUUGAUGGGAGGGUAAGCGUAGGCAUAGAGAGGCCAUUUGAUAGGUUGGAUAUGUGGGAUGGAGAGGAUGAUGGUGGAAGUGAUGGAAAUCUGAUGGUUAGGAAAGCUAUCGAAGCUGAUUUGUUAGGUUUACAUGUUGAAGAAGGGUUUCCAAAAUGCCUUCCAAUAAAGGUACCAAAAGUUGUGAAGAGACAAGGAGAGACAAUAUGCAAAGGUCAUAAGAAUUAUGAGCUUAUGCUCAAUCUGCAACUGGGAAUCAGGCAUUCAGUUGGAAGACCAGCUCCAGUUGCAUCCCUUGAUUUGAAAGCUUCAGCUUUUGACCCCAAGGAGAAAGUAUGGACAAGAUUUCCUUCGGAGGGAACAAAACACACUCCGCCUCACCAGUCUUCUGAAUUUAAAUGGAAGGACUACUGCCCAUUGGUUUUCAGGACUCUAAGGAAGCUAUUCAAGGUGGAUCCAGCAGAUUACAUGUUAUCUAUAUGUGGGAAUGAUGCACUACGCGAACUUUCCUCUCCUGGAAAAAGUGGUAGCUUCUUUUACUUGACGAACGAUGAUCGCUAUAUGAUAAAGACAAUGAAGAAAGCAGAAGUAAAAGUGCUUAUAAGGAUGCUUGCUGCCUAUUACAACCAUGUUAGAGUCUUUGAGAACACUUUAGUGACCAAAUUCUUUGGUCUGCAUUGUGUGAAGUUAACCGGUGCUACCCAAAAGAAGGUGCGCUUCAUCAUUAUGGGGAAUCUCUUCUGCUCCGAGUACAUCAUCCACAGACGUUUCGACUUGAAAGGAUCUUCCCUUGGUCGAAUAACAGAUAAACCUGAAUCAGAGAUUGAAUCAACAACUAUCCUUAAAGAUUUAGAUCUAAAUUUCAUAUUUAGACUGCAGAAAGCAUGGUUUCAAGAGUUUUGCAGGCAAGUAGAUAGAGAUUGUGAAUUUCUUGAACAGGAGAGGAUAAUGGACUAUAGCCUGCUGGUGGGUCUUCACUUUAGAGAAGUAUCACAUAAUGGAGAUCUGAUUCCUUCUGCAACUCGGAUUAAUUCUGGAGGUUUAUUUUUUUAUCCUUUCUUGCAUAUAUACACUGGUGAGACUGAGAACGAUUCCGGCCCGCGCCUUUCAAGAGCAGAUAUGGAUCAUCUUCUUCUAGACCCAGCCAGGUGGGCUCGUAUUAGAUUGGGUUUAAACAUGCCAGCACGAGUAGAGAGAACUAUGAGAAGAAAUGAUUGUGAAAGUCAACUUGUGGGAGAACCAACUGGAGAGUGCUAUGAUGUGAUAAUGUUUUUUGGUAUCAUAGACAUACUUCAGGACUAUGACAUCAGCAAGAAGCUUGAACAUGCCUACAAAUCCAUCCAAUAUGAUCCUACUUCGAUAUCAGCUGUGGAUCCUAAGCAAUACUCGAGACGCUUUCGUGACUUUAUAUUCAAGAUUUUUACUGAAGAAGCUUGAAGUAUGUGAUUUUCUGCCAACUAGAAGCUAGAAUUAUUGUUGAGGCUGGAAAAUUUCAAUUGUUGGCUGCCAGAAUUGAUUUCCAAGUUCUUCGAUCAAACCAAUUUUGUUUGCUUUGAUUUAUUUAUUUUUCUUUUGAAUUGAAUGUUAUAGGUUUCUAUAAAUAUAUACCAAGAUAAAGGCAUAGCUAAUAUUGUAGCA